AUGGAGACCACUGCAGACGACCAGGGGACGGCAGCAGUGGUUGACGGUGUGCCUAUUGAUCAGGCGGAAAUAAAUAAGCAAAGGACGCUGUGGGGAACAGAGGAACAGGCCCUUCUCAUCUCCCUCGUCCUGGAGGAUGAGAAAACUUUGUUUGGUGCAGCAAAGGGGGACGGGGGAGAUGGCAAUAUUAAUGCUAUCAAAAGAAGGGCCUGGCAAGCAAUUGCUGAUCAAUUGAAUGCCUACCAUGGUACAUGGAAAAGAACUUGGCAGGAAUGUAAAAAAAAGUGGAACAACUCCAAACAGAGAGCUAAACAGAAAAUAGACAACUUAAGACAUCCUAGAACUGGAGGUGGUCCAGCCCAGCCCCAAAUCACACCCACAGAGGAGUUGAUUCUCCAGGGAAUAGGAGGGAGACCAUCCAUGACUGGAGUUGGCAGUUUCUUAGAUACAGAUGCAGCAACACCAGAAAUAUCAGUGGAACAAGAAUUGGAGGAGGCCAAUACAUCUCGUGAGUUCUCCAGGUCAACUCCAGUCCCAUCAGGAUCAAAUACCACAUGCACAAACCCUUCAGUUGAAAAGAGAAAAGCAUUGAAAAGAAAGAGUACACAAGACAUAGAAGAACUUACACAAAAAAAUUUACUUUUGGACAAUGAGAUGCUUAUCGAACAAAAAAAAAUGUACGUCAAAAAACAAGAAAAGUAUGAUAUUGAAAUUAAAAAAAUGAAACUGGAAAUUGAAUAUUGGGCAUUAAAAAAAGAAUUAGUUGUGUUGCAAAUAUGAUAAAAAAAAAAUAUUUUGUCAAAAAUUAAGUUUCAUACAUCCCACUCCUGUUUAUCAAGUAUUACAUUUUGACUUCUCUGGUAAAUUUAUAAAAUGCAAUUUGUAUUCUAAGGGUGAAAACAUUAUUUCAAACAAAAGAAGGAAAUUGUUUGUUUAUAUAUAUAUAUAUAUAUAUAUUUAUUUGGAGCCCACCUGAUCAUUCAUACAAUUAGUUUCUUUAUUAAAAACUGUUUAAAUAGGAAAUUGAAAAUGCUUUCUGUCUACAAGAUUAACUUAAGGAAGUCUGCUGCUCAUAAUAAAUAACUUUCCAUAAAACUAGUAUAUAUUGAUAGGGGAUCAAUUGGAAAAUCAAAAAAACAAAAAAAAAAUAGGGGUAAAUGUGCUUGUUUUUGAGAUAAUAUCCGUUGAAAUUCUGGUGGGAAAAUAUUCUCUCUUGACUUUUCAUAGCUUUAUCAUUGACCAGUUACAGUUCUCAAAAACUAUCAAAAAAUAAAUAAAAAUUUAUAAAACUUUUACAAAUUGCUUAUAAUUAUACCUGGAAAAUAUUUAUCAACAGAAAUAUGGGGGUUCAUGGGCACAUUUUUUUAAGGCAGUUAAUUGGAUAAAACCACAGGAUUUUGAUAAUCUGAGAGAAAACUCCAAAACAUGACAAGCAAACAUCCUUAAGUAAGAUUUUUAUAGAAUUAAACUGACUAUAAAUGUAGUCAAACAUUACCAACUAAAUAUUAAAGUUGGUCGUUUUAACAAUAUUCUAAGAUAUCAUACAAUUGUAUAUGUAUAAGCAGUCACAUGAUUUGUAUUGAAAAUGAGUACCAUCUUUUUUUAGUAUGUCCUGCAUUCAGAUCAUUGAGGCAACAGUUUUUACAAAAAUAUAUGUUAUUCUUCAUGGCCAAAUAACAGAAAGCUAGUCAUGCUAGUAUUUAUUUUACGGGAUAGCCCAAAGAAUUUAACUUAAAAUUGUUUAAAUAUCUAAAUACAUGAUGGAAUUAUUGAUCCCAAAUCAUUUUUGAAUAAUAGUUGUAGUUAUGUACUCUUUAUUAACCUUAUUGUCUUAUUCUCUUCAUGUUUACUGUCAUCAUUGUCUAUAUUUAUUAUCUUAUUGUUCUGUAUCAUUAUGUUUCCUUCAGCAAUCAGAAAUGAUAAAAUCUCAUGUAGUAACAACAAUGGAAUGUGUCAUUUAAGCACAUAUAAAAGCCGAAUCAUUUUUAAUACAAAAGUUUCUUAACGAUUAUUAUAUGUUUAUAUUCUUGUAUUAUUGAAUUAACCAGAUGUAGUGCAUCUUAUGUGAUAUAUUUAAUAUUUAUGUACGGUUUGUUAAUUUAUUGAUUAAUGUUUGAAUUUUUAUGCUGUUAUUGAAUUGAAGCAAGCAAGAACUGUAUAGUUAUUGGUUUUAUUAAUUUCUGGAACAUAUUUAUUUGUUAUCACAGCGUGUAAAUGACAACAAAUACAACUGAUAAAACUCAAAUUAAAACAGAAGUAUUACUUAAAAUUUAU